CCUGCAGGCUGCAGCCGGGGAUAGUGUCAGGAAUCAGGAUACAGUCGGUCAGCUGCGUGUGAGUGUGUGUGUGUGAACCCCAGGAGCACCAACAGGACGGGUCCCGCAGCCCCCUCAGGUCCAGACCCGGAGCUUCAAACCACCACAUCUACCCGCUGAGAUGGAUUAACAGGAGCCGGGACAGUCAGGCUCCAGCCUCAGGGCCCCCCUCCCCCCGCAGUGGCCAGGCAGCGUCAUGGCGUCCCGGCUGCUGGACCGUCUGAAACGCUCGCUGUUUAAAGACGGUCAGGGGGCGGGAACCGAGCAGGAAGCAGGAGGUGGACAGGAAGAGGAGGAGUUCGAUGAGGACCGCUGGGAGGCGGAGCUGGUCGAGGAGGAGGAGUGUGUGACUGAUCGGCUCGGAGGGACGCUGUGCUUCGACAGCGGAGGAGGAGGAGGACUGGAGGACGGAGCGGAGGGCGAGGGGUCGGGGCUGGACAGCGACUCCGACUUCCUGGGAGAGUCGAUGGAGGAGGGGCUCAGCAGCACAGAUACCAGUCCUGUCGGUGUUUCCCCUGUGGGCCCCUCCCCCUCCUCCCUGCUGACCCGGCAGCUUCAGGAGAGCUGGAGGAGCCUGCGUGGACUCGGAGGAGGAAGUCCCGUCUCCUCCGGGCGGCGGCUGACUGACAGCUUAUUGUUUGAGGUCACUGACGCCAGCGUGGUGCAGGACGGCUCCUCAAAAUAUGUGCUGUACACCAUCCAUGUGAUCCAGUCCGGCGGCAGCGAUAAGACUCCGGCCAUAAUCACCCGCCGAUACUCUGAUUUCCAGCGCCUUCAUGCCACGCUGCGCCGUAACCACGGAGACCAGAUGGAGCGCGUCUGUUUCCCACGGAAGAAGCUGCGGAGGAACUUCACGGCGGAGACGAUCGCCAAGCGGAGCCGGGCGUUUGAACAGUACCUGUCUCACCUGUGUUCGCUGUCCACCCUGCGGGGGGCGCUGUGCGUCCGACAGUUCUUCUACCUGACAGACCUGCAGACUGCACAGCUGCUCAUCAGGGUGGGACGUUACCAGGAGGCCUUGGGUCCGCUGCUCAACGCCAAGAGACUGCAACAUAAACUGGGCUGGGCAAGUUACUACGACAGCCAGGCUCAGGCCCCGCCCCCGGCCUCCUCCCAUUGGUUCUUCACUCUGGUGGGGCUGUCGUGCUGCUUCCAAGAAGUGGACCAGCUGGAGGAGGCUCGGGAUCACUGCGACCUCGCCCUCCGUGUCCUGACCCCGCCUGAGACUCAGACUAACACAGAGGACAAGCCCCUCCCACUCGAGGAUAAGCCCCUCCCACAGACUGAUGUGCCACACCCACAUGCCAACAGGCCCCACCCCCUCCUGUUGCCGUUGUUGCGGGCGGUGGUUCGGUUGUCGUGGCAGACAGGAAAAGACAAACGGCAGUGGGAGGAGCUCCUGCAGCACCUGGAGGAGCAGUGGGCGGGGCUAGACAAUCAGCCAACCGUCAAAGAGUUUCUGGUAAAACACAACCUGCAGGAGAGCGAGGGGGAGGGCUAACACAACGCACACACUGCAGAGUACAAUCAGUGUCAGGCCCACUCAGCCCUCAGAUAAAAACAAAUAUGUCAUGACAGCGUCUCGGGAGUAAAGUCAUAAUUAAAAAAAUAUUUCGAGAAGAAAGUCAAAAUAUUUUGAGAAGAAAGUGACGUCGAAAGAAAAGAAAAUUGUAAUUUGAAUAAAAAUGUGGAAAAAUCGUAAUAAUACAAUUUGGUAAAACUAAAAUGUACAAUGUGAAUAUUUACUUUUAAUAUUUCAAGGAGAAGUCACAGUAUUAAAAAGUAUUUAAAAGUCAUUCUAUUUCAAUAAAUAAGGUCAUAUUCAUGAGAAAAAUCCCAAUAUUACAAGAAAAGUUGCAGUAGUUUGUGAAAACAAGAAAAAAAACCAUCUUCAUAUAACCAGAGAAAAAAGAAAAGGUCAUUAUAUUUCAAGAAUUAAAGUAAAUGAAUUGAAUUAUAUAUGAAUGUCUCAGCAUUUCCAGACAGUUUCUAUGUUCCUGCAGUGUCACUUACAUAGAUUCAAGAUUCUUUAUUUAUAUACUUUAAUAAAUAAGAGGAAUGAAAUAUUAAAGCAGUGAAAGAACAGAAUCUGAACAGUAGAUUUAACAAUAAAAGUGUGACAGAUAAAUGAAACCGCUGUGGUCUGAAAAUAUUACGACUCAGUUUUUCUCAAAAUAUUCAGACGUUCUUCUCAAACGUAAUAAUUUAUUUCCUCUUCCUAACAGUGGUUGUAGCGCUCUGUUGUUCUAUGCAUCCUUCAUCUGUUCAGUCUAAAGCCUUGAACCUGUUCACUGACGUCUAAGAGCUGCUCUCAGCUGUGAUGAGCCACAACAGUUCAUAAAGGGAAGAAUUAUUUAUUUUAAAAAACAAAGGCAUUUACAGAUCAUCCUGGCACUUAGAGUAGAACUGAAACACUGUUAUGGUUUAGGGACAGAUGCAGAGGAAGGAGAAAUCACAGUCUCAGUUCUUUUCUAUCUUUUCUGUUACAUUUGUUAGUUGAGUGCCUUUUCAGAACGUGAGUCAGUAGAAGCUGAUUGGUCGAGCUGAGUUAAUCCAGCGUGAACGAGACAAACAAAACCAUUACAGGCGAGAAACUCCACAGAGUACGGAGGACCACAGGUGUCACAGAAAUAAAGUGAUUAAUUAAUUAGCAACUAAUGCUACAAUAACGAGGCAUUAAUACAUUUGUUCACAGAAGAGAAUAGCAACAGUAAAAAAUAAUGUAAUGUGAUACCCUUAUUACAGCAGUAGUAAUGAUAGUAGUGAUAAUUAAAGUAUUAACUGCUAACAAUACAACUAAUAGCAGUAUAAGUAAUGUCUAAUUGUAGCAGCAGGUGUUGAGUGGAGUUGUAGGAGCAGCAGGAGACUUGUCAUCACAGAUCAGACUCUACAGCUCCAGAGGCAGAAAUACCUGCAGAAAGAGACAGAAGAGGAGAGAGAGACGGGAGAGCACAAUACUACAGGAAAGGGAGAUCAGUGUCUCGUCUCUGUCCUCACCGUCUCUGUCCUCACCGUCUCUGUCCUCACCGUCUCUGUCCUCACCUCUGUCAAAGGAAGAAAGAAAAAGGCCCCAAAAUUUAAAUAUCUGGAUUCACAAACUGAAUUAGAAUUUAUAUUUUAAUCAGGAGUCAUUUAGAUAGAUUAAUGAAUUUGUACAGUCAUUUAUUAAUGCCUGAUUUAUUGUACAGUUAGUAAUGAAAUAUUUUAUUAGUGUUUCAGUGACACGUGUGCUCAGCUGUGGUUUGCUCAGCAGACAGUCGUCGUCGCUGUCACACGGUGAACGGAUGAACGACGCUGAGCUGUUUGUGGCGUCUGUGGCUGAACCAGAAAGAGGUCGGUCACUCUUCACUGUGAACUUUCAGACAGACUCUGAAUACGUUCUCACUUUGCGAUGAAGAUUUUCGUUUAGAUCUGAGGAACAAAAUCUUCUUAGUGCACUUUUUAAAAAGGCAGGGAUCACCUGCAGCCUGUGGCCAGUUAAUGAUCAGCUGUUACCGAGGCAUUAAUAACCUUCAGGAGGGCCCUGAUGGAGCCGUCAGCUGACCCCCCACACAGCGUCUCCUGUCCACGUCAGCACUCACUCUGUUUUCAAGGUAAAUUCUGCUGCUUUCUCAGCGAUGAAUGCGUGGAUUUGGUUGCUAUGGAGACCGGUGGUUCUAGUGGUUGUAGUGUCCUGGAGUGGAUGACUGACGAUAAGCGACAAAAAUAGAUGUGAAGAGCUGAUUUCUACAGCAGCAGGGGGAAAAGAAGCGUGGGACAGAUGUGAUUGGUGGAGAGUUUUAGAAAGGAAGGAGGUUUUUAAAGAGUGAUUAAUAAGGGACGAGACAAAGUUAUUAGCUCAUGAAUGAGUUAGCACACAGGGAAAUAUUAAACGCAUCAAAUCAGACCAAUAAAGUGAAUGACUAUAAACAUUAUAGACUAUGCACAUGUAGAGAUUUCUGCACUAAUCCUGUGGUAACGUCAUAUGAAGCUGCUGACUGGGCUCCAGUCUUUACAACAGUCAGGAUGUCAGAGUUUCGUUUUUCAGCUGCAUGAGACAAACUCAAAUAAACGCAUGAAACAAGUACAAUAUUAUGCACAGUUACAGGUAACACAGACAUUAUAUUCAGCUUUACUAUGAGCAGCAGAUCUGUCAUUUCCUGCUUCUGCUCCACAUUCUGUUUACAGUGGAAUAGUUCUUAGCUUUGGUUUUUGUUUUAUCUGAGUGUUCGUUUGCUUCAGUCAGCGGCUGUUGGGGAGGAAAAGUGGGUUUCACUCCUCAGUAUCACUAUCAUCUUUAUUUCUUGGUGUGAUGACACUUCAUGUAGGUUUAAAUGAAAACUCACUUUUUUCUUUAAAGAGCUCGUGACCUUUUCAGGUUUUGUGUGAAGCAGCAGCUCAGUCAUGUUACAAUCAGGUCCGUUUGUAGGAGACGCAGAUUCUCCAGGUCCUGGAAAACCUGGAAUUAAUGGAUUCAGCCUUCUGUUCAUUGAGGUUGUUACGUACGUAAGGAACGACUGUUAGUUUCACGUGAAAAGACUUUGACAUUUGACUCACAGAGACUUAACGCUGCUGUAGAGAACAACAUAAAACUCCUCCAGUUUCCACCAAGAAACUCAAACCACAUUAACCAGAUUAUGUUUUAGACACUUUUCCUCUCCUGCUGUCGCUCUGAGGCUCCGUAGCUCCUCUGGUAAUAACAGGCGAUAAAUUCACGUCCUGGUUUUUAGUUUGAUUCCCGUCACACCUGACGCCCACAAAUAAUCUUCUAACCCAGAGAGAGUUUAUCACAAUAAGUGAAAACAUAACGAUGAUCAAAGCUGCAUUUAAUUGAACAAAGAUGUGCUGAUUUGACAUUUUUGUAUGUUAUUGCAUCUCUGCAUCUCAGAGCAACAUGAGGCAGUAACUGGAAAUAAAAACUAGUCCCUCGUUUUUAAAGAAAAAUAAUCAGCACACUAAAUAAAUAAACUCUCCUCUGCUUUACUUUUUAUCAACAGUUUGUUCAUCAUCAGACAAAAAAACAAAGACAUAUAUAAUAAUUCCUUAGCCUUACUUUAUAUUUGGAGAUUAUCUCAAGUCUUCUUAUUUCAGUCAUGUGAUCAUAUUGUUUACAUUUCACAGUUUUUUCUCAUAUCAUAUUAAUCACUUUGUUCACGGCUCUGAAGCUGCUCCUUCACGAGUUCACAGAGGUCACCGCGCAUUUAGUUUUUUAUCACCAGAGUUCCAGUUAACAGUUUACAAUGUGUAGGAUAUGUGGAGGUUUUGUUGCGACGGUUCGAUUCAAUCUGGGACCUUUUCAGUCUCAGUCCGUUUAAUAUUGAAGCAAACAUCCAACAUUUUCCCACCACACAGCUGUGAAAACAGAAACCUUCAGCUGAUUGAUGAAUAAAUGAAAUGUGAAAACAAUCUUAAUUAGAUUAUCAUAGAGAUUAUUUACAGAUAGAAACUGUUUUCAUUUUACUGCUGCAUGUUUGUGAAAUCCUUAUUAACUCUGAGGUGUUUUUGUUUAAAGAGUCACUUUAGAGAUUUUCAUCUUUCUUUAUUUUUUUGAAAAGCUGUUUAUUUCAGAACAGAUCUCAGUGACAGAAACACAACGUCUUUUUCCAAACUCCACAUUCACCUGUUGAGAUGAACGAUGUGAUUUCUGAGCUGUCCUCUGGUGGAAACGCAGCCUGCCUGUUUAACUGUAGCAUCACUGCUUCACAGAGCUAUGUGCAAGUAUAUUUUCAAGUAUAUUUUAUGGAAUAAAUUUGUUAGAAAUACA